UUCGCAGCCAUUUUGCGCAAACUCUUAACGGGCGCCAUGUCUGAAGGAGAUACUGACUGCAUCGAAAAUCAUAACAAUCUCUGUUCCACACUCCGUCUGCAGUAUCGCACCAAGACAGCUGUCAGCCGACGGGACGUUAACAAACCUGCGGUAUCAAAGCUGUGUUUACAGCGUAAAAACAUCAGCAUUGACAUGAGAGAGGAUAAUGUCUGUUAACCGUCUCAGUGUGUUGUUGAGACGUGUAGCCGUGAGUGUUUUUUUCAGACUAGCUAAUACAAUCCGUCAUCAUCUCUCACAACAAGCCAACGUCUCCAUGAGUGACUGAAUGCAUCUCAGUCUGGUUGCGGAGAAGGGCAAAUCCGUUUCUAACCAUCAUGGCUUUUGUGAGCCUCUUCUCCUGUCCCCCAAACCCCGUCCUUGACAAAAACAUGACAGACUCUGAGCUGGCAGGGGAUGAAAGGGAGGACGGUGAAUUGGAGGAUGGAGAAAUCGAUGAUGAAGGGAUUGGGAUUGAAGAAGAAAAGGAAACCAAGGUGGAGCCUGAAGAUUUAGAAAAAGACAAAGAAAAGGAAAAAGUACGGGAGAAAGAUGACAAAUCGCAUCGGCAUGCUCAUAAGAGACACAGGAAAAUCAAAGAGAAACGAAAGUCAAAAAGAAGGCGAAGGGACAGGCAGAAGCACCACUCCCCAUCGAGUGGUUCUAGUUCUGACAGUUAUAAUACUGAUCAUGAGCAUCAAGACAGACACAAGAGCAAAAAGAGCAAAAGCUCUUACCGGGACUAUGAUGGUCGGUUUGCACAGCGUGAACACGAACCUAGUGGAGGUCAUGGAAAAGCACCAAGAUCGACACAGCGCAAAAACAGUGAGAGUGAGGAGAAGUAUGAUUAUGAUGAAGAUCAGGAUGACUUCUCUGAGGAGCUUUCCAAAUACAAACAAGCCAAAGAGGUCACCACAUCCAGCAAAGCAGGGUCAUCUAAAGAGCACGGGACAAAGUCCAGCAUGAAAGGACUGCAAUUUAGUGGCCCACGAGGUCGAGGGCGUGGUGGAGGAAGUGCGGGCAGGGGGCGUGGUGUGCUAAACAAGAACAAGAAACUGAAGGGCAAAACCUGGGGCCGUGGUCGGGGCAGAGGUGGAGAGUCAGGAGAAAGUGGAGGCGGAACAAAAGCGGAAGUGCAAGGUCAACAAUGUUUCCAGAAGAAACGUCCGAUCAUGAGUCAAGAGUUCAUCAAUCAACACACGGUUGAGCACAACGGGAGAAACAUCUGUAAAUACUUCAUUGAGGGUAGAUGCAUUAAAGGCGAUCAAUGCAAGUUUGAACAUGACAAUGUAGUCCCAGAGAAGAAGAAAGAACUUUGCAAGUUCUAUGUCCAGGGAUACUGCACUAAAGGAGAGAACUGCAUCUACAUGCACAAUGAAUAUCCCUGUAAGUUUUUCCACACUGGAGCAAAGUGCUACCAAGGAGACCACUGCAAAUUCUCUCAUGAUCCUUUAACCGAGGUUACAAAAGAAUUGUUAGACAAGAUUUUGAAUACAGAUGAGGAGCAUGCCAAUGAGGAACAGCAGGAGCUAGAGGACCUGAGGAAGCAGGGUAUAGUUCCUUUGCCUAAACCGCCUCCUGGUGUAGGGCUCUUACCAACCCCUGGCUCAGGGAGUCCACAGGAUGGCAGCAAGAAGAUCCCCUCUCUAUUUGAAAUCAAAGUCCAGCCGACUGUGGACCUGGCACAGAAGAUUGCACUAAGGCCCAAUUUCUACAAUAGCACCUCUCCUCCACCUGGGCAGUUUCAGGGUAGUGGAGGCUCUGCUCAGGAGGACAUGGAGACUGGAAACAUGAUGUCCCCAGGCCACGGUCAUUCUAUAUUGCCACCUCCAGGCUCCCCUGGAUCCCUGGGAGGUCCUGCUCUUCACUUCGCAAGCCCAGGUCUUCCCCAGAGCCCCCCAGCACAAGCGCCACCUCAGGGCUUUGGCCAGGGCAUUCCCAUGCCACCCACAGGACUGCCAGGUCAGCCCCCAGUCUUCCAUCAGAAUACAAAUCCUCAGAUGAACCAGCAGGGGGCACCAUUCCAGUCUUUGGCUGGCGGACAGAUGAAUGCACCCUUUCAAGCUAUGAGUCAGAUGCCCUCAGAGUUUUUCAAAAGCUUGUUCAGUGUCCAGCCACUUGGCUUAACAGAAGAAGGCCAGUCAGGGUCCAUGCAGGACCCCCAGCAGCACCAGGGAGGCAGUGCUGAGUCCCACAGUGGCAUGCAGGACAUCUUGCCAGCUGUCCAGAAAGCUCUACUUCUACACCUGAAUCAAAAUCAGCAGGAUCCUGACUCCCACAGAACUGAGGGACAGGAGUCUACAGCACUCAGCAGAGACAAAGAUGAAUCCACAAAUUGGUAUUCCAGUGAUGAUGAGGAUGGCAGCAGUGUAACAGCCAUCUUAAAGACACUAAAAAAGCAGAAUGAAAUGCUGCAGACGCAACAGUCCCAUCAGGCUAAGCUUCAGCAGUCUGGUGUGCCUGCAACCCCCUUGAUUGACCCCAGGCUUCACAAGGAAAGGGCUUUGGUUGACCCUCGACAGCAUGUUCCAGAUACCAGGAGAGAAGCCGAAGCUGUAAUUGACCCCAGAUUAGUCCGAGAUACCCACAAGGCUAAGCCUAUAGAGCCUGUGAACUCCAAGGCAGGUCCUCACCACCACCCACACACUAGCUCCUCUGUGGCUCAGAAGCCUUCUGCUGGGGAGGAGGAUGAGGAGGGAGAGCGUGAGCUGAGGGAGCGAGCUGCCCUAAUCCCGCUUGAUCCUAGUCCUGGAGCUCUGCUGCGCGACCCUCGCUGCCAAAUCAAACAGUUUAGCCAUAUCCGGGUGGACAUCCUCCUUCAGCGACCGGCCUUCGCUCACAGCGUUGUGUGGGCACCUGAGGAUCUCAUUCCACUGCUCAUUCCCAAGCAGGAAUCCUCUAUUAAUCUUCCUCUGCCACCCCUCAUUGCAGAUGCCCAGAUGAACCGCAACCUAUCCACUUCUUCAGACUAUCCAUCCUCCGCCCUGACUCCUCCAGAUCCACGUCUGGCAGCUGCCCGACUUAGAGAAGAUGUGGAUACGCUAGGCAUCCCCCAUGGCAGGACUCUGCAGCCUCGACCUAACCCUGAGAAACCGACAGAUCCCCGGACUCAUAAAGCUGGAGAGGUCAGGAUAAAUCGGUCUGGGAGCCUGGACUCGAAACUGCCUGUCAAGAGAGAAGGUUCCUCUGGUGCGGGGGUUUCAGAUCCAAGAUUACAGCGAGGUGCAUCUCGUCAGUCUGCCACUUCGGCUAGGUCUGAUUCAGAGAAGCUGCCCCCAUAUGCCCCUCGCUUGGCAUCUUCCACAGGUAGCGGAUUGGAGAGCCCCACCACACUGCUUGGGGGCAUUAGCUUGUAUGAUCCACGUAACCACACGUUGCUUUUGCCAAAACGGGAGCCAGAGGAGCCCCUAAAAAAUGCAGGCAUCUUAAAGCAGACGGUGAAAUGUGAGAGCCUUCCACCGCCACAGGUGCCUUCACCAGUGGUGACUGAAAAGAAGAGUGAAGAGUUAAAUGAAGUCUCAGAAAACCAGACCAAUGGUUCUCAGCCAGGCCAGACCAUGCCUAUAGCGAUGGCAGCUCCUUCUUGCUCCCCUGUGCGUGCAGCAGCACCUGCCAUGCACAACUUGCCAAUCCAGCAACUAGCGGGGCUCAUACGCCCAGCUUACACGGACAGCCGACAGAACAGACCUACUGGCCAGGCUACCGGAGCCCAGGAGGAAGAACUAGACGAUGACAAAGAAGUGGAAAAGAAGGACAGGCCAUUAAGAGAUGUAUUUAAGACCUUUGACCCCACAGCCUCACCAUUCUGUCAGUGAACACUCCUGUGUUGAGACCAGUCAGUCUCUGUUAAGAAUUCACACAUCACUGUAUAUAUUUCAUAUUUAUUUAUAUUUGUUUUGUACAUACACUUCACCAUGCCACAUGACCAGCUAACAUGUUACUUAAUGAUUACAAUCAGUCAUCAGAUUAUAUUAACAUCAAGCAUCAGCGUACUGACAAGUGCUCCUCAAAUGGUCCAUGAGAUUUACUCAGAAUAAAUGCGGUUAGCUAGAUUACCUGCAGGUGUACAGCUGUUAAUACAGAGACUAUUUGAGGGGAACUGUCACUGUGUGUUUAAAAAUAAUGUAUAGUGCUACUUAAAGUAUAACAGUUAAAUAUCUUAGAUCUAUGUAUUACAUACAGGUGUAAAAUUAAGCUAAGACAUUUUAUGAAGUAAUACUGUGCUAAGCUUGUAAUUAUUUAAAAGUAUAUGUGAACAUGUGGUUAAUGUACUGCGACUAGAUUACUUUUCAAUCAUUUGUGAUACUUUGUGCUGAAGAGACAAACUCGAGCAAGAAAAAUUAAAGACCAAAAUUCAUCUAGAGAAUACUUUUUUUUUUCCCCCUUAAGGUGGAGUUUAUGAAAUCUCGUAGCACUUUAUUUUAUGGACAACAUUUCAAUGAAUGGUUUUAUUGUUUUAUGUGUUUUUCCAUAUCUUUGUACUGAAUUGUUUUGGUUACCUGUGUGAGAAAGGACACUGAAACAUUGUCCAUCACAUUACUUUUAUAUUGUCUUAAAUAAAUUGCAAAUGCUGUGACUUUUCAAA